AUGGGCCUUGGAAUUCUCGAGGCCCCGGGCCACGAAAGGGUCCCAGGUACCACGAGAUACUUUGACGACCCGACACGUCCCCAAGAAGUCAACGAUAAUGAACACCACUUGAAACACGACCCCGUCUCCAAGAUCAUUCUCGUCCCUCAGCCGUCCGACGACCCUAAUGACCCCCUCAAUUGGCCCAUAUGGAAACGCGAUCUCAUCACCUUUACUCUGUGCUUCGCCGCCAUCUUGGCCACUGCCCUCGGUGCCAUUCUCGCUUCAAACACCCUCGUCAUUUCCGCCUACUUCAGUGCCACUCUACCGAACACCGCCGCCUUGACCGGCUACUACCUACUCGGAGCCGGCUGUGCUGCCAUCUUCUUCGUUCCGUCGGGUCGUAUCUGGGGCAAGCGCCAUUUGUUCCUGAUAGGCAUCAUCUUCGUCAUCUUUUCGAGCGCAUGGGGUGGUGCCACGGGUAACUUUCCUCCAAAGUCCAUAGAUGCACCUUUUGGUCAAUCGCAUGAGCAAAAGGUUCAUUAUGAUAGCUUGGCUGCGGCCAGAGCCUUCCAGGGUAUUGGGGCGGCGCCCUUUGAAAGUCUCCUCAAUGCCGCUGUCGGCGAUUUGUACUGCGUCCAUCAGCGCGGUAUUCGCAUGGCCUUUACCAACUUAGCCGUCUUUGGAGGCGCCUUCUUCACUCCAGUUGUUGUAGGCAAGAUCACGCACACCAUCGGAUGGCAGUGGACUUUUUACCUCGUUGCCAUCUUCUCGGCCGUCACCUUUCCGGCCGUCUUCCUGUUUUGCCCUGAGACCGCCUAUAGACGCGAGGCGAAACUCAACAUUGACAGCGUGGUAGAGGAAGAGAAGCUGAAUCCUUCUACCGGCACACCCAACUCAACUGCUCCUCAACCCAUUGAACCUCCUCGAGCACGCGGAUUCGUCCUCUUCCCGAAGUCUUCAGCAAUGCAGCCAAUCGGCAACGCCAACACCCCGACCAAAACCUUUGUCGAGUCAAUGUCUCUUUUUGACGGCAGAAAGACACACGAACGCUACUGGGUCCUGUUUCUCCGACCCUUCCCGCUAAUCCUGAAUCCCGCCUUUAUCUGGGGCUGCCUCAUCCAAGGCGCCAUGAUCGGAUGGACAAUCUUCAUCGGUGUCAUUAUCGCCGUCGUCUUCAUCGGACCCCCUUUCUUCUGGGGCGAAGAACGAGCCGGCUACACUUACACCGCACCCUUUGUAGGCGCCCUCGUUGGCUUUUUAAUCUCUGGCCUCCUAGCAGACACAUCCGCCAAGUUCCUGACAAAACGCAAUAACGGCAUCUACGAGCCUGAAUUCCGACUCAUCCUCGUUAUCCCCAUGCUCAUCGCCGCCGGCGUCGGACUCUACGGCUUCGGCAUCACCGCCAACUCUCUCCUCUCCGGAAAAUACUCCUACAUUGUGCCGCUCGUCUUUUUCGCCUUUGAAGUCGGUGGCAUGGUCAUCGGCACUGUCGCAAGCUCACUCUACAUAGUCGACGCAUACCGGGACUUGACCAUUGAAGGAUUCACCCUCAUGAUCAUCUUUAAAAACAUUUUCAGUUUUGUGCUCACUUUUUAUGCGUACGAUUGGGUUAUUGGCGGUGGAUUCGAGACUGUCUUUCUGAUUGUGGCUUCUAUCCAAAUGGGCAUUUGUCUCCUUAGCGUGCCGCUGUAUGUGUUUGGGAAGCGGAUUAGAGCGUUUUAUGCGCGCAAUGACCUUUUGGCGCUGACGAGGCUUCGGUGA